CGUUGCUGUCUGGUCAUACUGUUCCGCAAUCAGCUGUUUUACCUGGCAAAUUUUGUGGGAUCAAGAAAAACCAAAUUCGAAACAAAACCAUGGCCGGACGUGAAGCCGUCAAGCGCGCCGUACAACAAGUGCGUCCCAUUCUCUCCGUGGACCGCGAGGAAGCACGAAAGCGUGCCCUUAAUCUCUACAAGGCCUGGUACCGUCAAAUUCCUUACAUUGUUAUGGACUAUGACAUUCCCAUGACCGUAGAGCAAUGCCGGGAUAAGUUGCGCGAAGAAUUUGUUAAAAAUCGCCAUGUAAGCGACAUACGCGUGAUCGAUAUGCUGGUCAUCAAGGGCCAAAUGGAGCUGAAAGAAUCUGUCGAGAUUUGGAAGCAAAAGGGUCACAUUAUGCGCUACUGGAAGGAAUCGCAAGAACCAAAACCCACGGACUUCCUUUCAAAAUUCAUUCAGGGCGUUAAUUAGAAUUCUUUACAAUUUGAAAUAGUGUUUAAAAUAUAUGAAAAAUCGUGUAAAACGAGAAACACGGCAGGCAGUUUGUUGCGCUUCUGAAA